GGACAUGAUGGAGCUGGGACCCACAGAGGGACCCACAGCCCCCCCAGCACCGGGCACUGCGACCGCCUGCCAUGCCUCCAGGUCCCAGCACUGUCCCCAUGGCACACUGGGUCUGGCACACUGGAGGCUCUGCCUCCUGCUUCUGCUGACUGCCUGUGUGCCUGCUGCUGCCACCAGCACCAGCACCGGUACCAGGCCCGGCAUCGAGGCCCGGCUGACCCAGAAGGCUCUGGAGUUUGGCCGGCGCUUUGGGCUGGAGCUGCUCAGGUCAGAGCUGCAGAAGGAGCACGAGCUGAACCUGAGGGGUUCCUACAAAACCCCCCUCCUGGGGACACUCACCUACACCGUGCCCCGGAUCCACAUCCAGGAGCUUCAGAUGAACGACUCCACCGUGGCCUUUGCUGAGGAGGUGGGGGUGAGGCUGGAGCUGCAGCGUGCCCGUGUCCUCCUCCGUGCUGACUGGGGAGCCCAGCUGGGUGCCUUCCAGGACAGUGGCUCUGUUGAGCUCCACGUGCAGGACCUGUCCCUGGUGGCCGUGCUGGGGGUGGGCACGGAUGACAGCGGCCGUCCCGUGGUGUGGAGUGCUGGCUGUGACACCCGUGGCACUGACCUGCACUUGGAGUUUCACCACGGGCACAGCUGGCUCUACAACCUGCUGACCCCCCUGCUCCGGAGGACCCUGCAGCAGCAGCUGAACAAGCAGCUCUGCCUUGAGCUCCGCAGGGGCAUCGACAGGCUGGGGGCUGCCCUGAAGGAGAUGAAAGUGACCACCCAGGUGGAUGCCUUCGCUGCCAUCGACUACUCCCUGCUGGGGCCACCGGCCAUCACGGGGGAGCACGGGGACAUCGCCCUCAAGGGGGAGUUCUUCAGGGUGGACAAGGCUCAGCAGGGUCCCUCCUCACCUCUGCCCAUGGCGCUGCCCCUGCUGCUGCCCAGGCUGCUGCCGGGGACACACAGGGACAUGCUGCUGCUGGCUGUCACCGACUUUCUCACCAACUCGGCCGCCUUCACCUACUUCACAGCCGGGGCUCUGCGCAGGAACAUCUCCGGUGACACGCUCCCGAGGAGGUUCCCGCUCCAGCUGAGGACCAAGAGCAUGGGGGUCUUUGCCCCACAGCUGCAGGAGCGCUACCCGGAGCUGCCCAUGGAGCUGCAGCUCUCUGCCCGCCGGCAGCCUCUGCUCUCCUGCCACCCCCAGGCCCUGCACGGGGCCCUCUUCGGCUCUGCUGAAGCCUUCGUGGUGCUGCCCGAUGCCACUCGUGUCCCUGCGUUCCUGCUGGACAUCGAUGUCAACGUGACGGGGAAGCCAAGCAUCAGAGGGAACAGGCUGGGGGGCACAGUGAAGCUGACAGGGCUCAGGGUGACACAGGUGACAUCACGGGUGGGCCCGGUGGAGGUGAAGAGGUUGGAGACCCUGCUGAAGUUCGGGCUGUGGCUUUUCGGGGUGCCCUGGGCAAACAAGCAACUCCAGGCCGGUGUCCCCCUGCCCAUCCCCCGUGGCUUCAGCCUGCUCAACCCCCGGCUCUCUCUGCAGGAGGGCUUCGUGCUCAUUGCCACGGACCUGCAGUACGAGCCAUGACACGAGUCACAGCCUGGGAACCAGCCCGUCCCCCCCGGCCGUGUCCUUCUCACCGUCCCAGGGGACCCGAUGCCACCGC